ACAAUCGUCAGCGACCGCAGUUCGUGUUCGCACUGCCUCGCGUAUCAUAGCCGCACACUUUUCGGCAGCGUAACAGCAGCGGUGGCGGCGAUAUUGUUAUAUUAUAUUAUUCUCUGGUCGUCGACUCGGUCUAACAUAAUAUACGUCUUUAUACCUACUUAGAUAUCCGUCACUUACAUCAGCUGUACCUGCAGAGUCGGUCGUCACGCGUCUCGUCCCGUUCGCGCUUGGUCCACGGGACUCGUCAAACCGUUGUAAUUUUUCCAUCGAAUCACACCGGUGCUGCGUCGAAGAUCGUUGUGGGUCAUACGUGGGGUCGGACGCUACCAACUGCGACUGUUACCUACUGGCACUACUAAAUAUUGCUUAGUGAAAUUUUUUUUUUCACAUCGAAAUGGAUAAAAAACCACAACUGGAAUCGCGACCGAACGGUGACAUCGCGAAAAGCCCAGCCACGAUCGGCGUGUCCGACGAGAACGGACGCGUCGUUGAUAUUAACGAGCCGCAGUCGUUUCGGCGUCUUUCCUCGCCUUCGCCAUCGUAUCUUGGGUCCACGCCGUCGCAGUCGUACCUUGGGUCCACGCCACCGCAGCCUUUCCGCAGACGAUGCGACUCGAUGACCAAAACCGAGGAUGGAGACCAGAACGAGUCCAAAGUGUUGGUCAUCUACACGGGUGGCACCAUCGGGAUGAUCAGGAACGACGAUAACAUGUUGGUGCCCACACCUAGCAACGGAAAUUCCACCGAUUUUCUUAUGGAGCACAAGAUGCGCCAGGACCACCGGUUGUACGACGCAAAGUACGCACAACACAAGUACGGCGCGUCCAUGAACUGCAGCCCGCUAGUUUUGCCCAUGGUCAAGGGAUUCCGACGGAUCGUUUACUCGGUGUACCAAUACCCAGAGUUGUUAGACUCGAGCAACAUGUGCAUGCGCGAUUGGCGGAGCAUAGCUGAAGACAUAUGGCAAGCAUACGAACUAUACGACGGAUUCGUCGUGUUACACGGCACCGAUACGUUGGCGUACACUGCGUCCGCACUGUCGUUCAUGUUCGAGAACCUCGGCAAGACCAUCAUCAUUACGGGUGCUCAGUUGCCAGUGUUUGACUUGCGAAGCGACGGAAGCGACAACUUCGUCACCAGUUUGCUGAUGGCCGGUAACUAUUGCAUCCCCGAGGUGACGAUUCUGUUCCAUAACAAACUUUUACGUGGAAACCGCACUGUCAAGGUGGACUGCGAGAGCUUCGCUGCGUUCGACUCCCCUAAUUUGGCGCCGCUGGCCGUCAUCGGAAUCGACAUCAAUGUGUCGUUUAGACAAAUCUUCCGGCCGAGGUCCAUCGAGAAGUUCACAGUCCACCUACAGCUCGACGAGAACGUCAGUUUGCUGCGCAUUUUCCCCAACAUUACAGCCGACACGGUCCGUACGUUCCUGCAGCCACCCAUCAGAGGUGUAGUGCUCCAAACUUAUGGAGCUGGAAACUUGCCCGGAAACCGCGCCGACAUCAUGGCUGAGCUGAAAGCUGCCACUGAUAGGGGUGUCAUCGUUUUCAACUGUAGUCAGUGCUUCAAGGGAUCGGUGACGGCCGUGUACCAAACUGGGCAUGUGCUGAACCAGGUUGGCGUCAUAUCGGGCAACGACAUCACUCCCGAAGCGGCACUCGCCAAACUCUCGUACGUGCUAUCCAAGGAUGACUGGGACCUGAGCACCAAACGAAUGAUGCUUGGAGCAAAUUUGAGGGGUGAGAUGAGUGGCGGACCGCCUAAACCAGCAAGGAAGAACCGUGCCGCGGAUGAGUGGGAUCUAGUGGACGCAGUGGCCCGCACCCUGUUGCACGUGAACGGAUCUCAAGAACUGACUGCGCUCGGGGGCGUUCUGUUUCCCGCAAUGCUGGGAAACGCCGUCGCUCGUUCCGACUUGAACAAACUGGACGAGCUCAAAGGCUUUGGAGCUGACUUUUCCGCACAAAACGCUGACGGCCGUACAGCCUUGCAUUUAGCGUGCGCCUUGGGAGACGUCCGCAUCGUCCGGUACCUGUUAUUGAAUGGAGCCAGCGUGCACAUCAAAGACAAAUUCGACAGGACGCCGCUGAUUGACGCUGUCGAAAACGACCGAAAUGACGUGGUUGCGCUGUUGCGAAGGUGUGGUGCCCAUCUCAACUCGCCCGCCAAGCAUGUCGGUCAACAGCUGUGCAAUGCUGCGGCCAAGGGAAACGUGCAGAGGCUGCGAUCUUACGCGGCCGCCGGAGCCGACCCGUCUUCGGCCAAUGACAUGUACGGCAGAACACCAUUGCACGCAGCCGCGCUCACCAACCAAACGGAAGUGGUCGAGUACUUGCUGUCGCUGCACGCGGCCGUCUUUGCGCUCGGACACGUGGACGCUGGUCCUCCUGCGGACCUGUUGGGCGUCACUCCGGUGGACGUUGCCCGGGCGGCCGGUCACGCGACCCUCGCCGAAAAACUUCAGCAGCACUUCCAAAACCCCAACAGACACGAAAAAAAGCAAUCGCCACAGCUGAAUGGUGGCGGGGUGGAGCACAAGGAAAAGGCGUAGCCCAACCCCUAGAUUAUAAUACCUAACACGGGACUGCUGCAUCGAUGUAAUUCGCCUGUACGAUUAUUAUUAUUUUUAUUAUGAUUAUGAUUAUUAUUAUUAUUACUCCUACCACUAUAUUAUUAUUAUUAUUAUUUUGUAAAAUUAUGUCGUAAAACAAAGCGUUACCGAGAGAUUUAUAUUAUAAUGUUCUCCGUAUUAGGAAAAUAUUAUAUUAUUAUUUCUGGCAUCGCAUAAUGGCGCCCGCAGAGGUUUCGACUCAAAAUUAGGUCUCGGGCAAUGGGCUUAUUUUAUUGGCCACCUCGCCCUGUUUACUCACUCACUCUCAUUCACUCUCUCGUAUUCUACGACCUUAUUUUACUCUCAUAUUUCCCGGACCUCCGCGUCGACGUUUGUACCGAUGUAACUAAUUAUCACCGAUGUAAUAUAACAACAAGUCUGUCUUUAAUAUUAUAAUAAUAUAAUGUAAAUUAAACGAUUUUUGGUUUUUUUGAAUAAAAAAUGAUUCGUUUAUAUUCUAACCUA